AUGAGCGAACACGGCACCAUUCGAAGCGAACUCCGCAAUCUCAAGGUCCUCGAAGGACCGGCGGAAAAAUGCGACUUCAGCACUUUUCCUUCCACACCAGAUGAGUCAUUUCGAAAAUGGUUGAAAGAAGCCAUCGAAGCCGGUGUCAAAGAACCGCACGCAAUGACAAUUUCCACUGUCGACGAGGAUGGCUGCCCAGAUGCUCGAGUUCUCAUUCUGAAGAACGUUGAUGCACGCGGAUGGCACUUUGCGAUCAAGGGCAAUAGCCCCAAGGGCGUACAGCUCGCUGCUAACCCGAAUGCUGCGCUGACGUUUUACUGGCCUGACCAAGGGCGACAGAUCCGUAUUCGGGGAAAGGCGGUUGCGUUGCCGGAUGAUGAAUGUGAGCAGGACUUUGCAGAUCGACCAUCGUCGUCCAAGAUUGCGGCGUUGGGGUCGAAGCAGAGUCAGGUGCUGCAGGAUGUGGAUGAAAUCGAGAGGAAUAUGGAGUCUGCUCGACAGGAAUUUGAGGGCAACGCGCAUAUGGUUUUGCCAGACUGGAAGGUCUAUGCAGUUCUUCCAAACUCAGUAGAGUUCUGGCAGGGAUCUAAGGACCGACUUCACCAGAGGCUGCAGUACAGGCGUGAUUCUGCGGGACAGCAGUGGGAGAAGCAGCUUUUAUGGCCUUGA